AUGGGCGAGCCUAAAACAACCGGGAAUAUUAAUGUGGAAAAAAUAUUUGGAAAUGAGGUGCCGCGGACUCGCAAUGAAGUGAAGAUGAACGUCUCAUGGAUACGGCACCGCGACCUGCACAUCCUCACCGUAGGCGGGUAUACGUACACGUCCGACCAGCGGUUCCAGGCGACGCACUCGCCGCACACGGACGACUGGACGCUGCAUAUCAAAUGGGCGCAGCAGCGAGACGCAGGCGUGUACGAGUGCCAGGUAUCCACUCAGCCGGUGCGAUCGUUCUUCGUCACGCUGCACGUUGUUGUGCCGUCAGCCCGUAUCCUCGGCGGGCCGGACCUGCACGUGGACAUCGGCUCCACGAUCAACUUGACGUGCCUCAUCCAGUUCAGUCCGGAACCGCCCGCGUACAUAUUCUGGUACCACGAGGACGAGGUGAGCGGAAGAAAACAGGUGAUAUCGUACGACUCGUCGCGCGGCGGCGUGUCGGUGGUGACGGAGAAGGGCGCCGCGACAACCUCGUAUCUGCUGGUGCAGGACGCGGCGCCCUCCGACUCCGGCCGCUACUCUUGCUCGCCAUCCAACGCGGAGGUCGCCUCCGUGCGCGUGCACGUGCUCAAUGGCGAGCGGCCGGCGGCAAUGCAAACAGGCUCGGCGGGGCUGUCGAACAGCUCGCGGUGUAUCGUGGCGCUGCUGGUGGCGUGCGCUGCGCAUGCGCGGCUCCUGCGCGCGCAUCUCGCCAGCUGAUCGCGCGCGAGCCGAGCGCGCCCGCGCACCACCGCUGACUGACGCUCCACUGACCGCGCGCGAGUGUUUGUGUGAUGUGACGGACUCAUCCGCGUGCGCACCUCAUCUCUUAUUACGAAAACUUAGUUUUCGAGCAAAUAUAUUUGAAGUUAGGCGUAAGUUUUUACGAGCGGACAACACGCGUCAAGUCGCUGUGAUUCUACGUUAGACCGGCGCGCCUGCGCGUACAGAGGUUGUUUAUUUUUGAAGUGAUAUUCAAAUUUGUCAGACGUUACAGCACAGAAUCGCAUCUCCUUGUAGAUGCCAAUUAGUAAUUGGUUGCUCUCUAAUUGGGGCGUGUACUACAUGAAACUUGAAGUAUUGCCAUGAGUUCGUUUCGCCGCGUAGCGUCGGUUAUGUGCAUUAUUUCCUUGUUAAUGUAAUGUACUGAAGUCAUGCAAAGCGCUCGAUAUGCAUUUAGAUAAAUUACGAAUGUACAAUAAUUGUGAAGGUAAUGUGAAAUAUGCUCAAUGGACCGUCGGUAGAGCUCUCUUCCCCUCUCGCGAGGAACGCUUAAGGUGCCGAUGGACAAUGGCCGCUAAACUGUACAGAACACAAAGAAUUGAUAACAUAAUAUAUUAAUGUUCGUUACACUAUCUAAAUAUUGUAAAUAUUAUUAUUGUUUUAACUAUGAAGUUUAUGAAUAGCUUGUAAGUGAAGGAAAUCGGACUCUACUGUGUUGCAUACUGAGUUGAACACUAUGUGAGAGCCGCGGAUUGCGCUUCGCACAUAGAAUUAUAUCAAAGGCACUCGACGCCAAGCAAAAGAUCAAACAAAAUAUCUAUUCCAUACAGAAAUGUAUUGGAUAACCAUUUUUUAUUAUUUGUACAAGUAAAAUAUUAGUUCCGUAUAAAUCCUGACUCUUUGUUAAAUAUAAAAGAUGGACUGCCAUCCGUUAUGAAUUCCCAGAAGUUACACUAGUUUGCGAGAAAAGAGAAAUCCGGGUAGUAUAUUCAAAACAUACAGAUGAAACCUAAUUUCCAAGAUUGAUUUUCAUUACAAGAAUUUUUGUAAUGUAAACAUUCAAUUCCACUCAUAUAUGCCUGUUUUGAUGAUGUACAGCAUUAAAAGUGAUGGCGGUCCUGGAUGUGUUUUAUCAUUGAAAGAAAUAUAUUGCAAUAUUGCCCCGUGAACAAGAAUAGCUUGAGAAACUGGCGUCGCUUGCUGUUUAAAGGAAUGUUGUAAACUAAUAUCAAUAAGAUUAUAAUUUGAAAAUUGUAAAUGCAUUCUGUAUUAGUAUUGAAUCUAGCGCCCCUUCGUAACAAUUGAUUAUCAUGUAAACAGCUGUGCAGGGUUCUACAGCUGCAAUGACAGCAUAACCUCUGGAAUCACAUCAGCUUACCUCAGAAUCGCGAUAAUCACCUUCCAAAAGGCAAAUAUCAAACAUAUCUUUAUUUUUGGACGGAUUGGCAUUCAUAAGAUCUGACCCAGCUCAAAACAAACCUUAUACUUAUGGCCUUACAGUAUCAACUUGCAGAACCAUGUAACAGAACAACAUCAUAACUCCGGUAUCCGACGUAUAAUCGUUCAUCUCGAAGAAUUUCUUGGCAACGAACAUUUCCCGGCCACCGAGACCCCGCGCAGCUGUGUGAACAAAGCUUUAAAAAUUAUUAAUGAUCCUGAAUAUUAAAAUUCAAAUUUAGAACAAAUAAGAUGUAUCAUUAAAAAGGGCGUGUUACACACGCGCUUUUUCCACGUCUCUAUCACGUUGAUAUCAUAUGCCAUCACCUUUAUAUAUAUUUUUUUCACUUUAAUGUACGACAAUUUGACCUUUAUGUAAAUAAAGUUACGAAUUGGAUCCUGAUAAAUUAAUCAAUGCUGUAUAAAAGGAACGACUGCGUUUCAUUUAACUUUGAGCGAAUUGCGUUUUAUAUUUAAAAGGCGAUAAAUAGCAUCAGUAAUUAAAGUACAGUGAUGUCUACUUUUCCCUACAAAUGUUUGGUUUAUUUCGAAUUAU